AUGCAAAUACUGAUAUUGUUUUCAUUUUUUAUUUUACCGAACUUUUAUUCUGUGAAUUGUAUUCCACUUGGAAAACAGACUUCUUAUAAUGAUGAAGAAGCUCGAAAAUUAGUGAAUUUGGCAGCCGCAGCUUAUGGAACAAAACACGCGCCAUGCAUUAAUAAGUGAGAAAAACUUUCAUUUUAUUUGCAUACCUUUUUUAUUUUCAGAAGCUAUGGAAAUGGUGAAAAUUUCCAUAUUGAAACAAUUGUUCGAAAAGAAUGUGAUCAUUUGGAUAGUACUUGUGAAGCAUUUGUUGGUCAGUUUUUUAUUUGUCUUAUUUUUUAACACUAUUAAAACAUUUUCUUUUUAGUUGUUUCCGAAAAUACACUACGAAUUAUUGUUGUUUUCCGUGGCACGAAAACAAAAACACAAUUAUUAUUAGAAGGUUGGCAAUCAAUAAAUGAUGGUGUUGACUUUUUUGAUAUGGGAAAUGUGAAUCGAUAUUUCUUAAAUGCUCAUAUGGUUUUGUGGCCAGAAAUUGAGCAGAUUUUGAAAAAUCAAAAAUGGGCGGUAAGACAUAAAAAGGUAUUUCUGACAUCAUAUUCUUUUUUCCAGAACUAUCAUGUCACUUUCACAGGACAUUCUCUCGGGGGAGCAUUAGCUUCUUUGGCAGCAGCAAGAACUGCAAAACAACAAUAUCGAAAUGGAAAUCAGAUCCAAGUUUAUACCUUCGGACAACCGAGAGUUGGUCAUAUUGAAUAUGCAAGAAACUUUGAUCAAUUAGUUCCAACAAGUUAUCGUGUUGUUUUUCGAAGAGAUAUUGUUCCACAUCUACCAGCUUGUCAUAAGAAUCAAACAUUUAUUUCGGAAUAUGAAGGUGGAGCUAAACCUUGUCAUGCUUCACAUAAUGAUUAUUAUCAUCACGGAACUGAAAUAUGGUAAGCCCUUCUUGUUAUUUAUUUAUUCAUUUCUGUGAUGAAAACAAAGAUUUUCAGGUAUCCAGAUGAAAUGAGUCCCGGUGCUCAUUACGUAGAAUGCCUAGGAACUCCAAAAAAUGAAGAUUUCUCUUGCUCUGAUCGUAUAAAAUUCUACAUCGAUCAAUCUGAUACUUAUACUUGGGACCAUCGACAUUAUUUCGGUGUUAAAGUACCACCAUAUGGAAAAACCGGAUGUGAUUCUAAAUUUCCGGAAGGCAAACCAAGUGUCUUCGAAAAUGUUGUCAAUCGGAUAAAUCUUCUUACAAGAACAAUUGGAUUGGAUUAG